UUAUAAUAUGAUAUGUAGCAUGACGAGUCUUACAACUUCUUUUCAAGCAGAAAAGUUAUUGUGCGGAUCUGAUUUGAAACUGCAGGCGGGACUCUUGAAACUCUUCAGAUUGCGAACCACUAAUUGAGGCUUGAUUCAUAAAUUGACACUGAAAAGAUACCAGUUCACUUUUCUUAACAAAGGUAUCACGCUGCUCUCAAAUCUGUUCACCCCAAGGGACUCUGCACCCAAAACCACGAAAGAUCACAUUUCGCGGACGGAUGCUAUUAUACACGGACGGUUUAACUUCCAUUCUAAUUCAGUAAUUUUGAACUCAAAUUAACACAAUUUAAAUUCCAGUUAUCAAAUGUCUGAUUUAAAGAUUACGUCUUUGUUUAAUGGUGUGAAAAAUUCAUUAUUUCUGUCUCGUAUGAAAAACAGCGACUGAACUUCGCUCUACUUUUUAAUGGCGAUUUUAUAUACCAUUGAUUUGUAUUAACUGUUACACUGCGGCGAAGUUGAUUAAUCAAUAUUUUCAUUUUUCUACUUAUUCAAGAGCACUUUUAAUUGUGCUCAUUGAGCAAAAGUUAUGCAAGCUGCAGUCCAUUUUAUGUAAAUUUACGCAUAGUGAGCUUCUUGUAAGCAAACUGGGCUGACAGAUUUUGGGAAAUCAAGUUAAGAAAACGCAAGACAACCGGAAUUGGGGACGAACUCUGUCGAAGAAAUGCCCCAAACUAGCCAGAAGAUAUCCUGAAUGCGAAUUUAUGUACCAAUUACCUAACCCUCAAUUUUUAUUACCUCAGUAAAGUACAUCUACAAUAUUGAGGCAAUGGAAAACUCCACGAAUAUCGAUUACGUAACUAUGACAUCAUCAUCACCGUUCGUGUUGCAAGAGUGGAUCUCGACGAUACUUCUAACUGCGCUUCUCUCGCUGAUCUGUCUCGUGAGUUUAGUCGGCAACAUUUUAGUCGUGGUGGCUGUUCGGGUGGAGCGAAAACUACACUCGUACACAAACUAUUUCAUAGUGUCAUUGGCAUGUGCCGACUUGCUUAUUGCGCUGCUUGUGAUGCCUCUCGCAAUCAUAUAUCAGGUUUUGUACCGGAUGUGAUGACUCAUUAUUCCGUCUCCUCGGAAGAUUCGACGCAGCAGUGUGGCAUAUCAACCGAUGUGUGGUUCCGAAUAUUCUCGAGCAGCUCUUCCUUCUACGUCCCACUCAUAGUGAUGCUUUUCACCUACACGAAGAUCUUCGCCGCUGCCAAGAAACAACAGAGGGCAAUUAAGCGGCAAAACAAAAGUUACACUUCGAUGAUGAGUCAUUCUUCAGUUUGCCUGAGUGAUCAGACUGACACGGAUAAUGAUUCAAGGCCAAAUGCCAACAAGCCCAGAUUAUCCUCAAAUAGCAAUGCAUCUGAGCGACAGACGGAUGACAGAACAGAUCAGUUCACAAACUCAAACACCUCAAUUUCGAGAAACAAACAUUCCUCCGAGCCAUCCGAUGGAACGACGCUGUAUUCAAAACCAAGCCGAAAGAAAUCCACAGUCGUUUUUGCAUCAUCCGGAUACCCUUGCGGAAAGAACGGGACGACAACAAGCAGCACCCCGAGAACAUCCAUGACGCGUAAAUUAUCCACCGUGCCACAAAAACUGAUGAGAGCGCGACGCAAAUUCACGAGUCAAGCUUCAGAGCUGAAGGCGUUUCGGAUUCUCUCGGUUGUCAUGGGUGCAUUCAUAAUCAACUGGCUGCCCUUUUUCGCCCUCUAUGUGUUCGAGGGCAUAUGCACCCAGUGUAUGAUCCCUUUUUGGGUCAUAACACUGGUUGUAUGGCUCGGAUACUUCAACAGUUCACUAAACCCCAUCAUCUACGUGUUCUGUAACAAACAGUUCCGACUCACGUUCGCCAAAUUACUCACACCAGCCAGAGUGAGAAGACGAAGAUCGAAAGAGAGAGACGAUCACUUGCUAACAGACCAUUACAGUGUUCAAAUGCAACCGACUCCAAUGGUCAACAAACACAACAUAAAAAACAACAACUACCAGAAAAAGAUCAGCAGCAGCAGCGGUGUUAACAUCAUCGCAGUCAUGGCCAACAGCAAUAACGGUACAAAUAACAAUACGAGUGAAACAAACAUCGGAAAUAACAACAAAAACAACAAUAAUAGCAACAACGGAACAAACAAUCAGAACCCUAACAUAACUAGUAGUUCCGCGAUCGUCAAUGGAAACUGCGAAAUAAACAAAAACAACUACAAAACCAGAAUCAACAACUCGCUAAACUAUAGCGCCAAUAGUAGCAAUGAUACAAAUAACAAUAAUAAAUACAAGAAGAACCCAGCGAUUGGUUCGAGAAUCGAUAAUUCCGAUUGUGAAAUUCGAUUAUCCGAUAAAAGUAGCAACAAUAAUACUGAUGAUUGCAGUAGCACAAUAUGAUUUCAUGUCUUUUAUUGUGCAGUUUAUGAAUUUUCUGGUCUAAAAAAUGUCAGAUGAACUCAUAAUCGAUAAUCUGAACUAACUUAAAAAAUACUGGCAAAACUAGCAAAAUUGCCCUCCUACUGCCUUGGUUGAGUAAUUUCGGGCUAAUAUGAAAAAAUUUUUGAUCGGCUACAAAAAUACCAUGAAAUGGUUUCGCUCCAAUAACAUUUCGCAAUGCCAACCAUAUAUGAGCUUUCAGAAGAUUUGCUGCAAUUAAGAAAUCAAAUGUGCUUUUGUUCAGGGUCAAAUGUUGUGUCAUGUUACGAAACUCGAAUAUAUGAUCUACCAAAGUAGAUAAAAUAACAUACUUUUUGAUGAACUGACCUGAAUUUGAACUUUUUGUAAGAUAGCUAUGGUAGUUUAGACUAAAGUAAAUUUAUCAAAGUUAUUUUAAUUUUAU